GCUCCGGAGGCAGCUCGGGGCACAGCGGAGCCAUGGGGCCGGGACGGGCGGGGGCCCUGGGCCUCGGCCUGGGGCUGCUGCUGGGGGUCCUGGGCGGAGCAGCGAGCGAGCCCCACUCCCUUCGCUAUUUCGCCACCGCGGUGUCGGAUCCGAGCCCAGGGGUGCCACAGUUUGUGGCCGUGGGGUACGUGGACGGGGAGGUCUUCGUGCGCUAUGACAGUGAGACCAGGAGGAUGGAACCCCGAGUCGACUGGAUUGCAGACAACAUGGAUCAGCAGUACUGGAACGGGGAGACUGAGAAUUUACGGGGUGCUGAGCAGAUUUACCGUGUGGACCUGGAGACGCUGCGGGAGCGCUACAACCAGAGCAGGGGCUCUCACACAUUGCAGCACAUGUUUGGCUGUGACCUCCUCGAGGAUCGUAGUAUUAGCGGGUUUUUCCAGUAUGGCUACGAAGGAAGAGAAUUCAUUGCCUUGGACAAAGACACUUGGACGUUCACUGCAGCGGACGCUGCAGCACAAAUCACCAAGAGGAAGUGGGAGGAGGAUGGGACUGUUGCUGAGCGCAGGAAGUACUACCUGGAGAACACCUGCAUUGAGUGGCUGAGGAAAUACGUGAGCUAUGGGAAGGACGUGCUGGAGAGGAGAGAGCGCCCAGAGGUCCGAGUGUCCGGGAUGGAGGCCGACAAGAUCCUGUCCUUGUCCUGCCGUGCUCAUGGCUUCUACCCGCGACCCAUCUCGAUCAGCUGGCUGAAGGAUGGCAUGGUCCAGGAGCAGGAGACCCAGAGGGGCAGCACCGUGCCCAACAGUGACGGCACCUACCAUAUCUGGGCCACCAUCGAUGUCGUGCCAGGGGACAAGGACAAGUACCAGUGCCGUGUGGAGCAUGCCAGCCUGCCCCAGCCCGGCCUCUUCUCAUGGGAGCCACAGUCCAACCUGAUCCCUAUCGUGGCGGGGGUGUCUGUUGCUGUUGUGGCUGUCAUUGCUGCCCUGGCUGGAUUUGCUGUCUGGAAGAGCAAGCAGGGGAAGAAGGAGAAGGGCUACAAUCUGACACCAGGCAGCGAUGGGGGAUCCAACAGUUCGAACGCAGGGAGCAACCCCAGUGUCUAACCGCUCUGCUUCAGCCCGUGAGGGACCAGAAGGCCCCCUGUGCACUCUGUGCUGCAGCUGGAUGCAGCCUCAUUCCCUCAACCUCUCGCAUCUCCAAUCAGCUACCACAAGAGCAAUGCCACAGCAUAAUUGCAUCUGCAUGGCCUUCAAACAAAAUAAACUGCCCAAUGAUUUGCUGAUUCGCCACAAA